UUUUGAAAAACUAACACCCGAUGAGUUUCGAAUGUUCAUGUUUCCCCCUAAUUAAACGUGCAGAUGUCACAAUUAUUAGCUCAUUUAUAUUCCGCACACUUGGCAAAUUGUUGAUAAUGGUUUGUUUGUUUAGUUCUAAAAUGAAGUUCAGUUUCGUUGGAUGUCUGUGGACCAUUCUGUGGAUCGGUGCAGUGGUUUUAGGUGCGGAUCAUGAGGUAGUAUCGUUGUGAAGUAGCCAAAAGCACACUGAUUUUCUUCGCAUGUACCACAGCAACCGCCUGUUUUCAAAAGAGGAGGCUCCAAGUUUAUCAUGGAAUCCCUGGUGACCAGUUGUGAUCACAAUUUUGUGGAGUAUUUUCGUAAGGCUCCCGACACGGUGGAUAUUUACACCUUUCGUGUAGUAAAACCGGCCAAAGCCUUUACCAUCGAUUUCGCUGUGAGGGUCGUGAAGACAAAGAGAGUUAUGUAUAAGAUAGAUAACUUUGAUGGCUGCCAGUUUUUGAUGAAUCCCCUGAUGAAUCGCGUUUUCGGAACUGUAUACAAACGGCUGGUCGUGAAUGGUAGUUUCUUCAGUUGCCCCAUCAAGCCGGGGGUAUAUUACAUAAGGAACGAGGGUUCCGUGGCCAUGUUGCCGGUGUUCCAGCCGCCUGGAAGAUACCAAAUCACCAUGCGCGUCAGGAUGCAUGAAAGUAGGCACCCCUUUGUGAUGGAAAUGCUGUGGGUAUACAGUGUAGCCCGAAUUAAAUAA